AAGAAUAAACUAAUGUGAUUGAAUCUGUCCUCCCAAAGCAUAACAACAUCGGAAAGCAAGAGCACACAGUAUGAAGUUGAUGCUGAAGGUGUUUGCUCUUGCACAAAUAUUAUUAUUGGUAGCACUUUUCCCUGCUGCUCAUGCCUUGCACAGGGAUGAGUUCCCUCCAGAAUUUGUCUUUGGAGCAUCAACCUCAGCUUACCAGGUUGAAGGUGCAGCGAAUGAGGAUGGCAGGAAGCCAAGCAUUUGGGAUACUUUCGCUCAUGCUGCACCUGGGAAUGAGUAUUUAGGUAAUGGAGAUGUUGCGUGUGAUCAUUAUCACAAAUACAAGGGAGAUGUUCAGCUCAUGGCAGACAUGGGCUUAGAAGCCUACAGAUUUUCCAUAUCAUGGUCAAGGCUUAUUCCAGAUGGAAGAGGACGAGUGAAUCCCAAGGGUCUACAGUAUUAUAACAACCUCAUCAAUGAACUGAUAAGCCAUGGAAUCCAGCCACAUGUAACGCUGUUCCAUUUUGACUUACCGCAAACAUUGGAGGAUGAAUACGAAGGAUGGCUUAGUCGAAGAGUUGUGGAAGACUUCACAGCAUAUGCAGAUGUGUGCUUUAGAGAAUUUGGUGACAGAGUUAAGCACUGGACUACAGUGAAUGAGGCCAAUGCAUGUGCAGUUUUUGGCUAUGAUUUAGGAAUCUCACCACCUCGGCGGUGUUCUACCUCUUUAUCUAACUGCUCCAAAGGAAAUUCCUCAACUGAGCCAUAUUUGGCAGCCCAUCAUAUAUUGUUAGCACAUGCUUCAGCAGCUAGGCUGUAUAGGAAAAAAUACCAGGCAAUGCAGCAUGGCAUUAUUGGGUUAAAUCUCAUUUCUUUUGGUUAUCUUCCAAAAACUAACUCUAUUGAUGAUGUAAAGGCUGUUCAAAGGGCCCGAGACUUCAAUAUCGGGUGGUUUAUGGAUCCCAUUACAUUCGGAGACUACCCUGAUACAAUGAGAAAGAAUGCUGGAUCAAGGCUUCCUUCCUUCACCAAAAAGGAAUCAAAUAUGAUCAGGAACUCCAUAGACUUCUUAGGAGUAAACUUUUACUUCUCAUUUUAUGUUAAGAACAAUCCUGCCAACCUGCAAAAUGAGGAUAGAGAUUUCAUAGCAGAUAUAGCAAUGGAAACUGAAAGAGUUACUCGAGAGGAUACAGCUCCAGAUGAGGUACCAAUUACUCCGGAUAUUUUGCUAGGGGUGCUAGACUCAAUAAAGACAGCCUAUGGCAAUAUACCAAUAUACAUACAUGAAAAUGGGCAAAGUACACCACAUUAUUCAUCAUUAAAGGACUGGUCGAGGGUGAAGUUCUUGCAAGAAUAUAUUGGAAGUUUGGUAGAUGCCCUAAGGAGUGGAUUAAAUGUAAAAGGUUACUUUGUAUGGUCCUUCAUGGAUGCAUUCGAGUUAGUGGGUGGAUAUGAGACAAGUUAUGGUCUAUACUACAUAGAUAUGAAUGAUUCAAACUUAAGGAGGCAACCUAAGCUUUCUGCUGAAUGGUACUCAAAUUUUCUGAAAGGGAAACCAAUGGACUCAAAGAUCACCACUGAAAUUGAGAAUGUGCUGUCACACGAUACCUUACUGCAUAAUGCCGCAUAAAAUAAUCCUGCAAGAUCUUUCUCUUUUGGGGUUCAUAAUUUGCAUUUUGUGCUACCAAGUGUAUCAAUAAAAAAACAUUAUGAUGUCAAAUUAUAUUCAUUUUAAUCAAUGUAAGUUUUCGUCCUACUAUAAAAAGUAUAGUUGUCGAGUA